AUGGACCCUUUUGGUUCCGAUCGAUUCUUCCGUCCGGAGACGUUCAAGAACUUCCGGGAGCUGACACCGGCAGUCCGCCAACACUUGGCCCUCGUGUACCGCACUCUGUUCUACGCGGUUGUUUGGGCUGCUCUGGGUUGCUUCGUUCAACUGAACUACGGUGCGUCGUUACCACUGCCGACUGGGCUUCUCACGACACUGGCUACGUUUGGGACGUUGUUUUUAUGUAACUCGGGCGGCCUCUCGCUGGAGACCAGACAACGGCUGUUGAUGCUGUUUGCUGCGCUUCAGGGGUAUGGUGCGGCACCAGUUGUUCAAGUCGCCCUUGAUGUGGACGAGUGGCUGCUGCUCCAAGCGCUGCUCGCAACUGCGGCAGUUUUCGGGGCUUUCUCGCUGGCUGCACUGCACGCGAAACGUCGCUCGUACCUCUACCUGGCGAGCUGGUUGGGUAGCGCGCUCUCUGUUUUGACGUUUUUGGGGCUUUGGGGCCUGAUAACCGGCGGCCUCGGUGACUGGAGUCUGGCUGUUCUCAUUUACGGCGGUUUGAUGGUAUUCGCUGGUUAUGUGAUACUGGAUACGCAAGUGAUCGUCGAGCGCGCCUCCAACGGCGACCGGGACCAUGUGCGACACAGUUUGGAGCUCUGGAUGGAUCUCUUUGCCAUAUUCGUUCGAGUUGUGAUCGCGAUGCUUCGCAGCCAAGAGACGCGAGAGCGUCGUCGGCGAGAACAGCACAAGUAG